CAGAGGGAGGGGGGGAGGAGGUAUUUAAACCAUGGAGCAGGACAGAACAGACUAGCUCUGAACUCCCACAGAGUAGACGGAAGAGAGGAGAGAAAGAGAAGAGAAGAAGAAGAAGAACAUAGAAACAGAGUGCUACAAUCUGCUUUAUAGCCAGCACCACACACACACACAUAUAUCCACACACUUCUAGAACGUAACCUCACCCAUCCAGCUGGACUUUCUUUCUCCAAGUUGACUCCAGCCCUCAAGCCAUCUGGAGCUCUAUCUGUGACAACCUGUCCACCACCACGCACCACCACUCUCACUCUGCCUACUCCAGCUCGCCCUCGUUCCCUCUUUCCCUCGUUCUUCACGGGGGGGAUGGCACGGGCCUCUUUCGGGGGUGCCCUCGGCUGUGCCCUGCUGGCCCUGGUGUUGGCGGCCGGUAUGGAUUUGGGGAGUCCCCCUGUGGCAGGCUUCUACCCCCACUUCAACCCUUUCUUCUUCCUGUGUACCCACCAUGGGGAGCUGGAGGGGUCCGGGGUGGCAGAGGGAGGGGGAGAGGUGCUCCUCACCCUACAGAUCGCUGGGGACCCCACCCACUACACUCCGGGACAGGAGUAUCAAGUGACUGUCUCCACCAGUACUUAUUUUGAUGGUCUGCUGGUGACCGGUCUCUACACGUCCACUCCUGUUCAGUCUGCUCCUAUCCCUGCUCCUGCUGCAUUCGGAUUCGGUGUUAUACCAGAGCAGCACCAGUUUGGGACUCAGUUUGUAUGUAGUGUUGUGACGUCUCACGUCAGCCACCAGCCCUUGACGAGUCUCAGCUUUGUCUGGAUUGCUCCUCCUCCAGGCACCGGCUGUGUCAACUUCCUGGCUACUGCUACACAUCGAGGACAGAUCAUCUUCAAGGAUGCACUCGCCCAGCAGCUGUGUGAGCAGGGAGCUCCCACUGAAUCCCCGUUGAGACCCAGUCUUGCUGAGAUCCAUGGUAACCAUGCUGUGCUACGUGAUGACUUUGACUCCAGCCUUCAGGGAGAACUGGACCCCAGGAUCUGGUCAGAGAGCAGUAACUGUGAGGUGGGAGAGCAGUGUGGGGUUCUGAUGCACGGCAGAGCAGUCACCUUCUGUGAACCCUUCGGAGAGAGAGAGCUGAUCAGCGUUCCUCUCAACACCAGCACAGCCUCCGUCCUGCAGUUUGCUCUCGGUUCAGGCUCCUGUCGGUUCAGUUACUCCGACCCCAGCAUCAUCGUGUCGUUCAGUCUAAACAAGAAUAACGGCUCAGAUGACUGGAUCACCCUGGAGAAGAUCCGAGCUCCUACUAACAGCAGUACGGUAGUCCAUCUCCUACCCCUGCCGGUGCGCUCCAAGAGGGAUGGGGUGCGUGUACGGUGGUCCCAGGAGGUCCCCCGGGGGCCCGAGGGCUAUGAGUCGUGCUGGGGCCUGGAUAACAUACUGCUGGUCAACGCUGCUCACAGACCCCCCCUGAUGGAGGAUAACCUGGACCCCCCUGACACAGCCAACUGGCUCUUCUUCCCUGGAGCCACCGUUAAGCAUGCCUGUCAGUCAGAGGGCAACGCCCUGUAUUUCCAUGGCAACAACGAGGAGGGUGUGGGCCACUCCUUCGCCUCCACCCGAGACAUCGACCUCCACCGAGAGGAGGGGCGGAGCUACUGGGAGGAGGACUUUGAAAGCACGCCCACCAACUGGGACAUCGAGGGAGCAGUGUAUGGGACCCAGUGUGGAGAGAUAGAGUCGGGCCUGGCCCUGGUGUUUGAGAGGGGUGGAGAGAGGAAGAUGUGUACUCCUUACCUGGACACCACCUCCUUUGGAAACAUCCGCUUCCACUUCACCAUGGGUGGAGGAGAGUGUGACCCAGGAGAGUCCCAUGAGAAUGAUGUCAUCUUGUUUGGGAGGUCAGAGGGGAGGAGAGACCACGUGCUGUUAGACACCCUGCCAUACUCCUCCUACAAGAGUCCAUCUGUAGUAUCAGUAGCCCUACCUCCAGACCUCCAGACCCCUGUCACCCAGUUCUGUCUGGAGCAGCGGGCACAUGGUGGUGCCAACCGCCAUGUCUGGGCCGUAGACUUCAUGCAGCUGCUGCCCGUUCUGCCUGCCACACACACCCACGUGGCCCAGUUCUCCAUCAACCUGGGCUGUGGAUCCUACCAGCCUGCCAACAGUGUCAAUCUGGAGUUUUCCACCAAUCACGGUCGUUCCUGGUCCCUGCUCCACACAGAGUGUCUCCCAGACUUGUGUGCUGGACCUCACCUACCACAUAGCACCAUCUACUCCUCUGAUAACUACAGCGGCUGGACGAGGAUCUCCAUCCCCUUACCCAACGCUGCCCUGACUGAGAACACCCAGUUUCGUUGGAGACAGGGUGGCAUGGGAGCUGGCAACAUGUGGGCCAUAGACAAUGUGUACAUCGGUCCAUCCUGCCUUCGUUUCUGUUCUGGAAGAGGACACUGCUCCCGUACCGGCUGCAAGUGUGACCCAGGGUUUAGUGGUCCAUCCUGUGAGCUGGCCUCCCAGACCUUCCCUGCCUUCCUGUCAGAGGGCUUCUCCAGUCCCAGACUCUCCUCCUAUCACAGCUUCUCCUCUCUGAGGGGAGCGGAGGUUAGUUUUGGCUGCGGGGUUCUGGCCAGCGGUAAGGCUUUGGUCUUCAACAGGGACAGCAGACGACACCUGGUGACCGCACCGCUUGACAGCUCACAGGCCAGGUACCUCCAGUUCACUCUGCGUCUUGGCAGUCGUAGCAUUCUUAGUUCCUGUCCUGCCCCUGACCAAUCAGGAGAGGGAGUCCUGCUGCAUUACUCUUCAGACAACAGCAUCACCUGGACCCUCCUGCAACACUACGCUUACCAGGGCUUCCACGAACCCAGGAUCGUAUCAGUGGAGCUCCCUCCCGGUGCCCGUAAGUUCGGGGUGCAGUUCCGCUGGUGGCAGCCGUACCACUCUGGGCGUGGCCGUGACGUGUGGGCAGUGGAUGACAUCACUAUGACCUCUGUACUGUUCAACACCAUCAGUCUGGACUUCAGUAAUGUACUGGACGUCACUCAGAGUCUAGGCUUCUACCUUGGACACGUCCAGCCCUACUGCCGACACGACUGGACACUCAGUUUCUCAGGCGAGCCCAGCCCCGGGUCCAGUAUCCGUUAUGUGGAGACACAGUCCAUGCAGAUCGGAGCGUCCUACACCCUGCAGUUUUCAUUGGUCAUGGGCUGCGGCCGAGACCCCUCCCCCAACAUCGACACACAGGUCCGCCUGGAGUUCUCCACCAAUCACGGCCUGACCUGGCACCUAGUCAAAGGGGCCUGUCUGCCAGGGAUGCCCAGCUGUUCUGAGUUCACUGCCCCAAGUGUAUAUCAUCCCUCUGAGUUCACUGACUGGAGACGUAUUACUUUACCACUACCACACAGAGCAUGGUCCAGUGCGACUCGGUUCCGUUGGAUCCAGAACUACUAUGGAGAGCAAGAUGAAUGGGCUCUGGACGAUAUCUACAUCGGACAGCAGUGCCCUCAGAUGUGCCACGGACACGGAUGGUGUGACCACGGACACUGCAGGUGUGAUGGAGGUUUCUCAGGUCCAGACUGCCUGUCCUCCUCUCCUCUCUCCUCCAGUGUCCUGUCAGACUUUGAGUCCCAGGACGGUCUGCUGGCCACGUGGCAGGAGGUGAUUGGUGGAGAGGUGGUGACCCCUGAUGUGGGCUGUGGGGUGGUCUCCUCCGGAUCCUCGCUCUACUUCAGCAAGGCUGGACUGAGGCAGCUGGUGAGCUAUGACCUGGACACAGAGUGGGCGGAGUUUGUCCAGUUUUACCUCCGUGUGGGCGGAGACUGGGCGGAGUGUAACACAGCAGACAGCAGGGAGGAAGGAGUCCUUCUACAGUACAGUAACAAUGGAGGAAUCAGCUGGGGACUCAUCGCUGAGAUGUACUUCAGCGACUUCAUCAAGCCACGGUUUGUCCACUAUGAGCUGCCGCUGGCCUCUAAGACCUCGUGUACCAGGUUCAGAUGGUGGCAGCCCCUCCACUCUGGGGACGGCUACGACCAGUGGGCCAUCGAUGAUGUCAUCAUACUUUCUGAGAGACAGAAGCACAUCAUCCCCAUGGCCAACCCCACGCUGCCACAGAACUUCUAUGAGAAGCCGGCGUUUGACUACCCUCUGAACCAGAUGAGUGUGUGGCUGAUGCUGGGUAACGAGGGCAUGGAGAAGGAGAGGAACGGAAGCUUCUGUGCCACCACGCCCUCCGCCAUGGUGUUCGGGCGUUCUGACGGCGACAGGGUGGCAGUGACCAGAGAUCUGGCUCUACGUCCAGGGUACACCCUGCAGUUUAAGGUACGGUUGGUUGUCCAGUUCUCAACCAACAACGGGGUGCAGUGGCAGUUCCUGAGAGAGCUGGACUUUGGCUCCUUCCUGGAACCCCAGGUGGUGACCAUUGAACUGCCUCCAGCCGCCAAGACCCCCUACACAGUGUUCCGCUGGUGGCAGCCACAGCAAGGUAAACACUCAGCCCAGUGGGCUUUGGAUGACGUCCUGAUCGGUAUGAACGACAGUUCCAGGACUGGUUUCCAUGACAAGUUCGCCGGGACGUCCCCUCUGAGACACAACUGGUACCGUGUCCAGGGGGGAGAGGUCACAGUGGACUGUUUGUCUCUGGACACGGCUCUGUCCUUCUACUCCGAUGCCACAGACAAGAAGCCACGGUACGCAGAGAGCUGGGACUUUGAGGUGUCUGGCUCUUCCUUCCUGCAGUUUGACCUGUCUAUGGGUUGCAGUAAGACAGUCACGUCCUCUCAUGGUGUCAGGCUGGAGUAUUCCACAGACUGCGGGCGCCACUGGGCCCUGCUCACCCCAGAGUGUGUGCCCCCUGCCAUCGGUUGUACCGGCUACACUAUGAACUCUGUGUACACCGCUACGCGGUACACCCGUUGGAGGAGGGUUACGGUGUAUCUGCCCAGCGCUGCCAAUUCUCCCAGGACACGGUUCAGGUGGAUCCAGCCUCACUUCAUCCCCGGAGCUGAUGGCUGGGCCUUGGACAACGUGCUGCUGGCCCCUGGCUGUCCCUGGAUGUGCUCUGGACACGGACUCUGUGACAACGGACGCUGUGUGUGUGACCAUGGUUACGGCGGGGCCCACUGCGUGCCCCUGGCCCCCCUCCCCUCCAUCCUGAGAGAAGACUUCAACGAGAACCUGGCGGCGGAGCAGUGGCCCGAGGUGUACGGGGCUGAGAGGGGGACGCUCAGCGGGGAGCCCCUCAAAUCUGGCACCGCACUCAUCUUCAAAGGGGAAGGUCUACGUAUGUUGGUGUCUAGGGACCUGGACUGUACCAGCACACUUUACAUCCAGUUCUCCUUCAAGUUCAUCACUAAGGGCAUCCCAGAACGGUCUCACUCAGUGCUGCUGCAGUACUCAGUGAACGGAGGAAUCAGCUGGUUGCUGUUAGAUGAGUUCUACUUCCCCACCUCGACUGACACGCUGUUCCUACACCUCCCUCUGCCUGCCAGGGCCCAGACCAACGCUACCCGCUUCAGGCUCUGGCAGCCCUACAACAGUGGUAAGAAAGAAGAGGUGUGGGUGAUUGAUGACCUGAUCAUCGAUGGCAGCUCGCUCAACAACCCUCCUGUAGUCUCAGACAACUUCGAGGGCGGACCCCAAAACUACAACUGGCUCUUCUACCCAGGAGGCAACACUGGACUCUACUGCCCUUACCAGAAGAGUGGCCUGGAGAAGGAUGAGUCGGCCAUGGUGUUUUUAUCCAGUGAGCUGGGAGAACAUUCAAUAACCACCAGAGACAUCGACGUCAAUGAGAACACCAUCAUCCAGUUUGAGAUCAACGUGGGCUGCACGGCCGACAGCUCCGCCUCUAACCCGGUACGACUGGAAUUCUCCAGGGACUUUGGAUCCACCUGGUACCUCCUGGUGCCCUUGUGUUCAGGAGGCCCCCAGCCCUCUUCCCUGUGCUCCACAGAGCUGCACCCCGCCAGUGUCUACUACCCGGGAACCACCCAGGGCUGGAGGCGGGAGGUCAUCCACUUUGGCAAGCUGAGACUCUGCGGCUCCAUCCGGUUCCGUUGGUACCAGGGCUUCUUCUCCAGCAGUUCCUCCCCUCCUACCUGGGCCCUGGACAGUGUGUACAUUGGCCCCCAGUGCCAGGACAUGUGUAAUGGACACGGGACGUGUGUGAAGGGGACACACUGUGUCUGUGACCCAGGCUACUCUGGCGCAGACUGCUCCCAACCUGACACACUCAACCCUGAUUUUCUCAAGGAAGACUUUGAAGGAGGGGCGAUGGAUGCAGAGCGGUUCAGGCUUCUGAGUGGAGGGAAGCCAAGCAGGAAAUGUGGCAUCAUGUCCAGUGGGAACCACCUGUUCUUCAGCGAGGAUGGCCUGCGUAUGCUGGUCACUAACGACAUGGACCUAUCCAAUGCCAGGUUUGUUCAGUUCUUUCUGCGUCUGGGCUGUGGGAAGGCGUCCCCAGACCCCCGUUCCCAGCCUGUCCUGCUCCAGUUCUCUGUAGACGGAGGUCUGACCUGGGGCCUGCUGCAGGACUUCCUCUUCUCAAACAGCAGUAACCAGGCUCGCCUGGUGGCCCUGGAGAUCCCUCUGCGUGCCCGUACCUCCUCCACACGUCUCCGCUGGUGGCAGCCCUCUGAGAACGGACACUUCUACAGUCCAUGGGUCAUUGAUCAGCUGGUGGUGGGUGGCAGUGCCAGUGGCUGGGGACCUCUGGAGGACGACUUCUCCUCUAUGGACGGUCGUUCCUGGCUGCUCCACCCCGGGGGAACCCGUAUGCCCGUGUGUGGUUCUGACGGGGCGGCCUUCGCCUUCAUAGAGAAGUCCAACACGCGCUACGCUGUCACCACAGACAUCAGCCUGGGACAGGAUGCGUACAUACAGUUUGACUUCUCAGCUUCCUGCUCGGUCACCAACUCCUGCUACGCCAUUGAACUAGAGUAUUCUCUGGACCUGGGUCUGAGCUGGCAGCCUCUGGUGAGAGACUGUCUCCCCACCAGCCCAGACUGCUCCUCCUACACCUUACAGAGACUGCUGGUAGCAGACACCUACAACAAGUGGGGCCGAGUCACUCUGCCAAUCCCCACCUAUGCCAGGUCUCCAGCCACUCGGUUCCGUUGGUUCCAACAGGCUCCCUUUGACAAACAACAGACCUGGGCUCUGGACAACCUCUACAUCGGAGACGGCUGCCCUGACAUGUGCUCCGGACACGGACGCUGCCAGCAGAGCUCCUGUGUGUGUGAUCCAGAGUGGGGAGGGGAGUACUGUGAUGAGCCUGUGGCCCCUCUGCCCUCCCAGCUAAAGGACAGCUUCAGCCGAGCCCCCUCUCUUAGCCACUGGCACCUGGUGACUGGGGCAAAACUCAGUACUGUGUGUGGGGCCGUGGCAUCUGGUGCUGCACUGCACUUCAGUGGGAGUUGUAGUCGUCAGCUGGUGACAGUGGAUCUGAACCUGACCAACGCAGAGUUCAUCCAAUUCUACUUCAUGUACGGCUGCAUGAUCCCGCCUAGCAACCGUAACCAGGGCGUGCUGCUGGAGUUCAGCCUGAACGGAGGCAUCAACUGGAAUCUGCUGACAGAGAUCUUCUAUGACCUGUACAGCAAGCCUGGGUACGUGUUCUACAUUAAACCUACUGUACUGUUGAUGGACCAUUGGCUGUUCAGUGAGGACUGUGCGGUACAGAGAUUCUGUAGUUCUCCAGACGGUGUUGUGAUGGUGUGCGGUAGUGACGACGGGAGAGAGGUGUACGCUGUCACACAUGACAUCAUACCCGACAAAGACUGGGUCAUGCAGUUCAAGAUAGCAGUGGGCUGCGGUGUUCCAGAGCGCCAGGCAGAGCGCCAGGUCCACGUUCAGUACUCUGUGGACUUCGGUGUGUCCUGGAGGUACCUGGUGCUCCAGUGUCUCCCUGCGGACCCUCGCUGUGGAGGACAGGUCUCCCAGCCCAGCGUCUUCUUCCCUGCCCGGGGCUGGAAGAGGGCCGUUUACCCCCUACCGGACAGCCUGACAGACACCGCGGUCCGUUUCCGGUUUUACCAGCAGCACUCGGACACCCAGUGGGCUGUGGAGAACUUCUACAUCGGGCCGGCCUGUGACGGCCACUGGGGACAUGGAGACUGUCUAGACCAGAGAUGUCUCUGUGACCCAGGCUUCACUGGACCCAACUGCUACGCCAGCACUUCUCUCAAGGCGUCUCUGAAGGAGCGUUUUGACUGGGAGGGGGCCCCAGGUCCUCAGUGGCAGGUCCUGGAGGGGGGCCAUCCCUGUACUGACUGUGGGGUGCUGGUGGAGGGGACAGCCCUGUACUUUGGAGGGUCAGAUGCCAGACAGGCCGUCACCACUGACCUGGACCUACGCGGAGCCAAGUUUGUAGAAUACUGGGCCAGGAUUGGCAGUGAAGACAACAUGACCAUGUGCCAUCGCCCAACCUGUCGUAAAGAGGGAGUGCUGCUGGACUACUCCACAGAUGGAGGUAUGAAACAACAAUAA